AUGGGACCAUUACGAAAAUCCAAACGAGCACGAACGAAGCCUCCAAAUGCGGAAGAACCGGUGACAGGAAGUCUCCCAACGCUACCACAGGUCGAAGACAGCUCUUCAGUAAAGAAAGCCUCGACGCCACCUGCCGAUACGUCCAAAGAUGCCUCAAAUAGAACAAAAGAUGCACCCACUCCCAUGAAGAGUGUCAAGGCCGAGGCCAACUCUUUCAAGCCGCUUAACACGAAGGGAAGCUGGUAUGGAACUUGGCCUCGAAAGUCGACUGCUUUAACCCAAGUAGCCAGAGAAUCAAUUUUGGCCGAUAAACCCACGAACUCGUCAACUGUUGAUCUGAGUCGAUUUGAGCCGAAGAAAUCCCCCACCAUUACAGCAGCUAGACCGCCUUCGAUGUACCUAGGGAAAAGCAAGGAAACUCUGGAUAUCACUAUGGGAGGAACCUCGGACUCAGAUACUUUGGCAGGCAAGGAUGGCAAUAAGCUGGAUCCUGAACCGUCGAAUGGAGAGGCUCCUACUACGGACGAACCGCUGAAACCACAAGCUGAAGGUCCCGAUACCCAACGCCCACCACAAGCCGAAAAAAACUCCACCAGACCUGCUACUUCUUCUGGUUGGCUAGGUUCAUGGCUUAACAGGCCAAGUCUAGAAGCCUCCAGUGUGUCACCAAAGCCCUCUGUGAUAGUCGAGGUGGUUGGUAAUAAACCUCCAGCUAUCGAGGCGCAAGUACUUGAGACAGCAGAAGCGCCCUCCUCAACUACGCAGAUAGAGGGAGUCUCUGAAAUUACUACCCAAGUCCCAGCAUCGUCUUGGUUUGGGCUGUGGUCGCUAGCGGCACGAGAAACUGCUGCAGAGGCGCCGAAGCAAGAACUCCCAGUCAAACUCCCCGACAACGACCAGGACACUGUUACGGAAGAUUUUCCGGCACCAGUUCCAAGUACAACUUCUGAACCAGAGCAGGUUGUUCCAGCAGCGGGCUCGAGCUGGGCGUUUUGGUCUACCGAGCCAGCCAAAAAGCCGCCUAAACUUGCCGAAAAGACCGCAGAACCAGGAGAGCUUGCGAUAGCUGGCGAGGCUUCAGAGAAUAAACCAGAACCUGCGAAAACUGCAACCGUCAAAGAGAAAAAUAAGGCAAAAUCAAGUAAACGGAUCCGGCCACAGUCAACUGAAGAAGAUGAGAGUGCACUCAAAGCUGAACCGGAAGCGUCGAAAACGACGUCUUCGCCAAGCCCAUUGCCUGGUAAGAUAGUGCCUACAAAUCUUCUCAUUCCUUCGGUGAAGAGCACGUACAGGCUAGUCGAAAACCCAUCAAUCCUUCAGCAGAUUACUCGUCUGAUUCUUCACGGCCACCAACAACCAGUAAAACAUGUCUUUCUCACUAAGGAGCCUCCCAAGAUCAAGAAAGCCCUAGCUAUUGGAAUCCAUGGCCUCUUUCCUGCACCUCUACUCAGGACCGUGAUAGGACAGCCCACCGGAACAUCCAUCCGUUUCGCAAAUCACGCAUCGGAUGCGAUUCGACGAUGGGCCAAUGAAAAUGGGUGUUUGGAUUGUGAGAUAGAGAAAGUUGCGCUUGAGGGUGAAGGGAAGAUUGCUGAGAGAGUUGACAACCUCUGGAAACUACUUCUGAACUGGAUUGAUCAUGUUCGGAAGGCAGACUUUGUUUUGGUAGCUUGCCACUCGCAAGGGGUACCGGUUGCUGUGAUGCUCGUGGCCAAGUUGAUCGAGUUUGGGGUUGUCACUACCGGAAAAAUUGGCAUUUGUGCGAUGGCUGGAGUAUCACUAGGACCAUUUGCCGAUUAUAAGUCAAGGCUGUUCAGUGGCUCAGCGGGGGAACUUUUCGAGUUCGCGAAUCCAGAGAGCGCCGUAUCCAAGAGAUAUGAAGAUUCUUUGAAGGUCGCCGUGAAGUAUGGUGUUAGGAUCACGUAUUGUGGUUCGAUCGAUGAUCAAUUGGUGUCAAUGGAGUCAUCUAUAUUCUCCACCGUGAGCCAUCCGUACAUUUUCAGAGCGGUGUUUGUGGAUGGUCGAAUCCAUGCUCCAGACUUUCUUUCACAUCUCGUUGGUUUCGCGUUGAAGUUAAGGAAUCUUGGAGUUUCUGAUCAUGGAUUGAUUCGAGAACUCUCCGCGCCGCUAGCAGGCAGUCUUUAUACUGGUGAAGGACACUCCCGGCUUUACGACGAUGGGAAUGUUUACGACCUUGCUGUUGAGUAUGCUUUAGAAACAACAUCAGUAGGCGACGUUCCACUUGACAUCAAGAAAUACGAGAUUCCCACCAAUGCAAACCCCUAUGUUCUUCCAUGGAUCAUGCGCGGGCUCUUGGAAGAAGACUUCGUCAAGACAGAACUCGAUCAGGAAACCACGCAACUACUGAAGCAGUUUGACGACUGGAAACCGGCGACUAAGGUGCUGAAGGAUGUGAAGUAUCGACUGGAAGCAGUCCGCUCCAAACUAUGA